CUCCGGCUCUCCAGUGCAUACAGCCUGCACGGCCUAGCUGAGCAAUGGAGAGAGCUCCCGUGACAGCAGCCACGGGGGCCUUGGGACCCGUCGUAGCCAAGCUGGGUGCUUUGCUGGGCAGCGGCUACAAGCUUCGGCGGCGGACGCGCAAGGACGUCACGUUCAUCAAAUCCAAGCUCAAGUCUGUGCACUCCAUCCUUUGGGCGAUAUGGGACAAGGAGAUUCUUGAUUCGGAAUCCAAGGUCUUGAAGAAGGAAGCGCUGGAUCUCGCCGAUGAUAUGCACGACGCCAUCGACGAAUUCAUCCAAACUAUGAAGCCCAGCCGCAGAAACAAGCACUUGAUUAUCCAAAGCAAGAUCGAAGCCAGCUGCCCUUUCCAAGAUCUGAAGAAGAGGGUAGAUGACGUGUCGGGCCGGUGCCGCAGCAAGUGGAAGUGGAAGAAGAACAAGUGUGCUGAACCCAUCUCCAGCUUAUUUUCAAGAAGAAACUCCAAAUCCAGCCCUCCCAGCAAACCGCCUCCUCCUCAAGCUCCAUUCGUCCACAAGGAUGCGGCGGAGAUGGUUGGUAUGGACAUAUAUGAGGAGAUUAAAAGUAAGUUCCAGUCACGGGCUUUUGUGUCCGUCACUCCAAGUCCCAACAUGAAGGAGGUCCUCACAAGUAUUCUCCAACAAGUAGGAGCUGAACCACUUGCUGGCACCCAAGCAAGGACACAGGAAGAUCUCAUCCACACCAUAUCCAAUUUCCUAGAGAACAAAAGGUACCUGGUAAUAAUUGAUGACAUAUGGCAUUGUGAAGAAUGGGACAUCAUCAGCAAGUCUUUUCCACAAAAUGAUCUUGGUAAUAGAAUCGUCAUCACAACUUGUAUUGCUUCUCUACCAGGAGAUGAUUUGGAUAAUAGCAAGCUCUACAUCAGAAUGAAUCCUAUAUGGUUUUCUGUUAAGGAAAGAUGGUUGUACGGACCUCUUGUGAAAGAUUUCACCGCUCGGAUGAAGCCUGGCAUGGUUGGAGAAGGUUUUGACCAGCACCAUCCUAUUGUGCGCAUGUGUGGUGGUGUUCCGUUAGCACUAAUUUGCCUGUUUUCUGCAAUGGCAAUGAUCCAGGAACAACAGGAACAACUAGGGGUACAUGUAAAGGCAUGUGAUGUGCAAGAUAUGAUUGAGAAGCAGCUUAAGCAAAGCGGAAUUCAGAACACUCCAGGGUUUGAACCGUUGGUAGAGAGUUUGCAGCUUUGCUACACCGAUCUUCCUCACCAUAUGUUGAAGACCUGCUUGUUGUACUGCAGUAUAUACCCUGAGAAUUACUAUUUUCAAAAGAAAGAUUUGGUCAUGCGAUGGGUCGCUGAAGGAUUUACUUAUAAAGUUGAUGUAGCAAAAGAUUAUCUUGAAGAGCUUGGCAACAGGGGGUUGAUGCUGCGGGGUGGUGAUGGUGACUACCAAAUGAACCCGAUGAUGCGAAAUUUCCUUAGAUGGAAAUCGCGUGAAGAUAAUUUCAUUACUUGCAGUUCCGACAUCACAUUGCCAUAUGCAUGUCGCAUCCAUCGGGUAUGUAUCGACGAUUAUCUAGUUGAUGACGGUGCGGUGGAGGUGGUGGAUACCUUGUUGGAACUAGAUUGGUCCCAGAUUCGAUCUCUUGUUGUUUUUCAAGGUGCUAAGAGAUAUGUCCCUUUUGAGAAGUUGGACCGUGUGCGAGUGUUGGAUCUUCAAUAUCAUCAUCAUUAUUUUGAAUUCGUACAGUCUCCUUGGAUGUCUCUAGAUUUCGAGGCCCUUGGAAAUCAGCAUGUGAAGGAUAUAUGUGGAUUGCUCUCUGUGAGGCACCUAUUCGGCCUAGAAGGGACAGGAAUCAGUGAGAUACCAACAGAAAUAGCAAGGCUACAACAUCUGGAGACUUUGCAGGUAAGAUUCACAUCGAUCACAGAGUUACCCAGUGAGAUUAGGGACCUACAACAAUUGAAGACUCUUGUCGUGAGUCAGAACCAAAAGCUGGCAGAGCUGCCCAGGGAGAUAGGGGAUCUGCAACAAUUAGAGACUCUGGACCUGAGCUGGACGAAGCUGACGGAGCUGUCACGUGAGAUCGGGAACCUCCAGAAUUUGGAGAAUCUGAUCUUGCAUCACACCGAGCUCAAAGAGCUGCCUCCGGAGAUUGGGAAGUUGCAGCAUUUGAAAGCACUGGAGGUGGGCUGGGCAAGCAUCACAAGGCUAGGCAGUGAAAUUGGGGACCUGCAUCAUUUAGAGACCCUGGACCUGAGUUGCAACGGGCUCACACAGCUGCCUCGUGAGAUGUGGAAACUGCAGAAUUUGAAGCGGCUGCUCUUGAAUGCUACAGGGGGGGCGAAGAUACCAAGGGAAAUAGGGGAGCUGAAGAAGCUGGAGAUUUUGGAGUUAGACUAUACCAUCUCUGCACUGCCUUGGGAAGCUAGUCAGCUCUCAAAACUGGAGGGAGUGCCCGAGUGCGUCCGCCAUGCCUGGAAGAAGAGUGAUCUUGUGUCUGAGUUAGCCGGGGAGAUCUUGUUCGUUCAGCUGGUUAAUCGGGCCACUGAUAGCGGCAGCCUAAUCGUUGGCAGAAAACACAUGGGAAUUCCACGGUGGAUCAAGGAUCACUUCCACGACCUUGACUCCUUGGAUAUCAGGAUCUGCAAGCUAGAGGAGAAGGAUCUCCUGAUUUUGCGGGAGAUGCCCGACCUGUACGAUCUGAAGCUAAGGUUGGAGGUCGUCCCAAGAGAGCCCAUGGCCAUCAGCGGUGAAGGGUUCCCGAGGCUCGGGGAACUGGUUGUUGACUGCCGCGUUCCACGGGUUGUCACCUUCCAGGAAGGAGCGAUGCCGAUGCUGGGAUAUCUCUACUUGGAGUUCCAGUUCUACGGUGGCCCACCACCAGCUGCAAAUAAAGGAGAGCCUCAGCUGGGUAUCAAGCACCUCCGGCGCCUCCUGUGGGUAGAAUUUAAAUGCAACUUGGAAUGGUAUGGAGGAGCAGCAGAGAGCAGCCCGUGCAUCAGCGCCAUGAUUGACGUCGUGAGGAAAGAAGCCCAAGAGCAUCCCAGAGAGAUCUGCUUUCGUGUCUCUGGCCGCAAAGAUGAGGACUUUCCAGCGAACAAGGAGAGCGCACAGUCUUCUAGCAGUGGGACAAGCGAGAUCAAUGACACUCCAAAUGGUGGGAGGGGCGAGAUCCAGGGGGAGGAGGAAGAGACUUUUCCAGCGAACGAGAGCGGAAAGGUUUCCGACAGUGGGACGGCCGGCGAGAUCGAGGAGGAGGAGAUCCACGAAGAGGAAGAAGGGUGA